AUGAGUCGAUUAUAUGACAAUUAUGAACCAACAGUGAUUGAUAAACAGUUACUAAAUGAUGCUGUAUUUUCAUUAUUGCAAAAAGGAACUGUGAGCGAACUUGCUAAACAAGAUGGAAUCCAUUUUGAAAAUGUUACACACCUGAGAUUGGAUUAUAAAAACAUUUUAAAAAUCGAUAACUUGUGGGCAUUUAAGUUACUUGUUAAGUUGCAGCUUGAUAAUAACAUCAUAGAACGAAUUGAAGGUAUCGGUCAUUUAACUCACCUACGUUGGCUUGAUUUAUCAUUUAAUAAUAUUGAAAAAAUUGACGGCUUACAAAAUCUGGUAAAUUUAGAAGAUUUAACAUUGUACAAUAACCGAAUUACCACAUUAGAAAAUAUGGAAAAUUUGAAAAAAUUACAAGUGUUUUCAAUUGGUAACAACUAUAUUACUGAAUUGUCUAAUAUAAAAUAUUUACGUCAGUUUCGCCAUUUACAAUCAGUAUGUUUACAUGGUAAUCCAAUUAGUAAAAACGAUGACUACAAGUUGUAUAUUCAUGCUAUGCUACCCAAUCUAUUUUAUUUAGAUUAUCAAAGAACCGACGAUAAAAUUAAAUCUACAGGUUAUGAAAAAUAUCAACUAGAAAUUGAUGAGAUUAUAAGUGAAGAAGAGACUCAAUUGAAAUUGAAUAAAGAACUUGCUGAAAAUCAAGCUAAAAUAGAACUAUAUAAACAAGCAUUUAUUGAUGGCAUAGUUGAUGAAAAUAUUUUUCAAAAAUUAUUCACUGAUGAUCCUGAUGGCAGAGAAUUAUUGGUAGUUCCUGAAUUGUACAACAAAAAAUUUACACAUCAAUGUAAAUUAGUAUUUGAACUUGGUAUAAAAGAACAUGAUAAACGUAAUAAAGAAAUAGAAUCAUUUCGAAAUUGUAUUGAACAAGCGAAAAUGGUAAAUGCUGAAUUAAGUAAAAAGAAAAUAAAUGAAUUUAAAUUAUAUCAGGAUAAGAUAUUUAGAGAACUUUUAGAGAAUACUGAUUUGAUUAAAGUCGAAGAUGAUAUUUUAGAUUAUAAUGAGAAGGUGCAACAAUUAUGGAAUGAAUUAAUGAGAAAUGAAUCAAUUUUAGUUGAACAAAUUGAUGAAUUAAUUAAUGAAUUUGAAUUAAACUUAAAUGAUAUGAUUAGUACAUUUCUUGAAAAUGUUGAAGAACAUUUCACGGAAUGUCGCGAAUUACAAACUCAGUAUCAUGAAAGGUUGACAGAUCUAUGCCCAGGUAUUUUAGAACGAUUUAUGCGUAGUGACUUCCAAAGCGAACCAUCAGAUGCUCUUUUAGCCAUUUUUAUUGAUAAAGAAAGUGUAACGAAUGCAUUAACAGCCAGUAACGAUGCUCAUUUACUUAAAAUUGAUGAAUUCGCGGAUGAAAUUAAUGAAAAAGCGAAAAAAUGGAUUAAGGAAACAAUUACUUCCAUAUAUUCCGGUGAAAAAUAUGAUCGAAACAGAGCAAGAGUAAUGGAAAUAAAUCAUUUUAUAGAUGCAUUAAGAAAUGACGUUGAAAAUUUAGAUAUACCUGCAUUAGGUGAAUCUUGA